AUGGCUUCACUCGAUCAUGCCACUGGUGCUGAGCAGCCAAAAUACGACUCUGAUUAUAUCGAGGAGAAAGAUAUUGGUGGGAACCUCGCCGAUCCUACUGCACUAUUGUCUGAGACGCAUAAAUCAUACCUGAUUGAGCGACAUGGCACGUUGGACCUCGAUCCGAUCCCUAGUAUGGAUCCGGCAGAUCCAUACAACUGGCCAUCGUGGAAGAAAACUGCCAACCUGAGUCUAGUUGCGUUCCACGCUUGCAUGGGUACAUUUACUGCUGCUGCAAUUAUCUGUGCUUAUGAGGACAUUGCGGUAGAUCUGGGUGUCUCAAUCCAGCGAGUCAGUUAUCUGACAUCCUUGCAAAUUGCAAUCCUGGGAGGCGCUCCGUUGUUUUGGAAGCCUCUCUCCCAUCGAUUUGGACGACGCCCUGUCUUCCUGUUGUCGUUGAUCCUAAGCUGCGUUUGUAAUAUCGGCUGUGCGAAGAGUACGGAUUACGCUUCCAUGGCGGCAUGCAGAGCUCUCGUUUCAUUCUUCAUUUCACCUGCUAUGGCAAUCGGUAGCGGUGUUGUCACCGAGACUUUCUUCAAACACGAGAGAGCACGGUAUAUGGGUGUGUGGACUCUGAUGGUCACCUUGGGUGUCCCAGUCGGUCCUUUCAUCUUCGGAUUCGUUGUUCAGCGUGUUGGAUACCGCUGGAUCUACUGGAUCCUGGCAAUCACCAACGCAGUCGAGUUAAUUCUGUACAUCUUUUUCGGACCCGAAACCCGCUACAUCGGAACCGACAUCCACUCGAAAUCCUCCGCAUUCAAGACAGAAUACAUGUCCCUCCGUCGAAUUGACCCGACUCCAAUGAAGAUGAGAGAGUUCUGGCACCCGCUCACAUUAUUCACCAACAUCCCCGUCCUCCUAGCAGCAAUUGCCUACUCCAUGGUCUUCCUCUUCGCCUCAGUUCUUAACUCAGUAGAGGUCCCCCAGCUCCUUCAAAGCAAGUUCGAACUCAAUGCCCAGCAACUCGGCUUACAAUUCCUCGGUUUGAUCAUCGGUUCUCUGCUCGGUGAACAGCUAGGUGGAUUCAUGUCUGAUAUGUGGAUGAAUACCCGUGCCCGAAAGAUCGGCCACAAGCCUACACCUGAAUUCAGAUUAUGGCUUAGCUACAUUGGCUUCUUGCUGAGCAUUGCCGGUAUGGUUGUGUUCUUGGUUUGCACUGAGCAAGCGACGACUGGCAAAUGGGAUGUUAGGCCGGUCAUUGGAACUGGUGUUGCUGCCUUUGGUAACCAGGUCGUUACUACUGUUCUUACUACAUAUGCGGUCGACACUUAUCCCCAGGAUGCAGGGAGUGUUGGUGUCUUUAUCAACUUCGUUCGCUCGACCUGGGGAUUCAUUGGGCCUUUCUGGUUUACAUCUAUGUUUGAGAGCGUUGGCAUUGCUAAUAGCUCUGGUGUUGUUACCGCUUUGAUCAUGGGUGCUAGCUUCAUUCCAAUGGUGCUGAUGCACUGGCAGGGCAAGAACUGGUACACCAAACGCGUGGAUUGA